AUGUUGGGUACAUGGUCCCUGCUUCUCCUCUGGGGUCUAGUGACUCCGAGCCAGGGGCUCCUCGAAACAGUGGGCACGCUAGCUAGGAUCGACCAAGAUGAGCUCGGCAAAGUUGAGGAGCUCUCCGGGCUAAAGAUCGAGGAGAUCACGUUGCCCAAGGUGUCUCUGAAGCUGCUGCCAGGGUUUGGGGUGCAGCUGAACCUGCACACCAAGGUGGGCCUGCAUGGCUCUGGGCCGCUGGGGAGCCUUCUGCAGCUGGGGGCCGAGGUGAACGUGUCAUCGCGGGUGGCGCUGGGCGUGAGUGCGCGAGGCACGCCCAUCCUCAUCGUCAAGCGCUGCAGCACGCUCCUGGGUCACAUCAGCCUGGUCUCGGGGCUGCUACCUGCACCGCUCUUUGGGGUCGUGGAACAGACGCUCUUCAAGGUGCUGCCAGGACUGCUCUGCCCCGUGGUGGACAGUGUGCUGGGCGUGGUGAAUGAACUCCUAGGCGCUGUGCUGUCCCUGGUGCCCCUUGGGGCUCUUGGAUCCGUGGAGUUCUCUCUGGCUACACUGCCUCUCAUUUCCAACCAGUACAUAGAGCUGGACAUCAACCCCAUUGUGAAAGGUGUAGCUGGUAACAUCAUCGACUUCCCUAAGCCUCCCAAGCCUGUUAAGGUUCCCCCUAAGGAGGACCACACAUCCCAGGUGACAGUGCCACUGUACCUCUUCACCACUGUGUUUGGACUCCUGCAGACCAAUGGUGCUCUUGACAUAGACAUCACCUCUGAGCUGGUUCCCAACAAUGUCCCACUGACAACCACAGACCUGGCAGCUUUGGCCCCUGCGGCACUGGGGAAAUUGCCCCCGUAUGAGCACCUGCUGCUCUCACUGCGGGUGAAGGAAGCACCCACCGUCACGCUCCAGAGCAAGAAGGCCACGGUCUCCAUCACAGCGGCCAUCCACGUGCUGUCCUAUGCCCCUAAAGGGACUCCUGAAGCCCUCUUUGACCUGAACGGGGUUAUAACUCUGAAUGCCCAGUUGGCUCCCUCGGCUACUAAGCUGCACGUCUCCCUGUCCCUGGAACGGCUCAAGGUCAAGCUGGCCUCCUCCUUUUCCCAGCCCUUUGAUGCGUCCCGUUUAGAAGAAUGGCUCAGUGAUGUGCUCCGGGUGGCUUAUGUGCCGAAGCUCAAUGUGGAUCUGGAUGUUGGAAUCCCCCUGCCUAAGGUUCUCAAUGUCAAUUUUGCCAAUGCAGUCCUGGACGUUAUAGAGAAUGCUGUUGUGCUGACGGUGGCAUCCUGA